AACAACAAAAAUAAUGAUAACUGAAUUAACCAUUCAAUAAAGUCGGGCCGCGGGCCUACUCGUAGGGGUUAGAAUCCGAUAUGUAUAAAAGAAAAUUACGGGUCCCAUUUGCCGCGCUCAAAGCUUCUGAUUCUAAUUGUUGAUUGCAUAUUCCACCCUUUUUCUUCCGUCUACGAGCAGUUGAUUUAUAACCUACGAAUCCUUGCAGCAAAUGCAUUCCUCACCCACUCCCUUUUCUCUCUCUCCUUUUCUAUUCACGCGCUUUCUCUCUCCUCUUCUGUAAACGUCAGUAUAUUCGUCUGCACGUGUAUAUUGGUUUAUGCUUCACGACCUUCCACCCUCAGGAAUUUGAAUAUCCUUUCCGAAAACUAUUUGUUUUCGUUUCUUGCUUCUUUCAGUCUUCGCUGAAUUGUUCGUUAGAUUUUCGGCUGGUUCAACGCAUUAGGCUUGCAGGUUGAUGGUCGAAUCGGUGAUUAUGAGUCAGGAGCUGAGGCAAUCGUUUCGUAGAAUCUUCAUUAAAAAUGAAGAAGCUGUGGUUGGUAAUUCAGAAGCAGUAGGAAUUUUGAAGGAUUAUUACAUUCCAGAUUACAUACUUCUUCCUGAUUCAGAAAUUGAACAACAACCUGAUGUUCCUGAAUGUCCUCUGAUUGUAUUUAUCAACACAAAAAGUGGCGGGCAGUUGGGAAGUGAACUUUUACUAACAUGUCGUAGUCUUCUUAACGAAAAUCAGGUGUUUGAUCUUGGGGAAAAGGCACCUGAUAAGAUGCUCCACCAGCUUUAUUUCAAUUUGGAGAAGCACAAGCAGAAUGGAGAUCAAUUUUCUGCUGAAAUUCAGAGAAGAUUACGUAUCAUCGUUGCUGGUGGUGAUGGAACAGCUGGGUGGCUCCUCGGAGUGGUUUCUGAUCUUAAACUAGCACAUCCACCACCAAUUGCUACUAUGCCGCUGGGGACAGGGAACAAUCUCCCUUUUUCAUUUGGUUGGGGGAGAAGAAAUCCUGGUACAGACUGUCAAUCUGUGAAGUUAUUCUUGAAAAAAGUCAAAGAUGCUAAAGAGAUGAAAAUUGACAGCUGGCAUAUUCUAAUGCGGAUGAGAACUCCUAAAGAAGGUUCAUAUGAGCCGCUUGCACCUCUUAACCUUCCUCACUCCUUGCAUGCCUUCAAACGUGUAUCCGCCACAGAUGAAAUGAAUGAGGAAGGAUACCACACAUUCCGGGGAGGAUUUUGGAAUUACUUUAGCAUGGGUAUGGAUGCACAAGUUUCAUAUGCAUUUCACUCAGCGAGAAAGCAGAAUCCGGAAAAAUUUAAAAAUCAAUUAGUUAAUCAGACUACUUAUGCAAAGCUUAGCUGUAAGCAAGGAUGGUUUUGUGCUUCCCUAAUGCAUCCAUCUUCAAGAAAUAUAGCUCAGUUGACAAAGGUUAAAAUCAUGAAAAAGCCAGGGCAGUGGAUAAAUCUUGACAUACCACGGAGCAUCAGAUCCAUUGUUUGCCUUAACUUGCCUAGUUUCUCAGGGGGUCUUAAUCCUUGGGGAAGACCUAGCAAGCAGAAGCUUCAUUCAAGAGACUUAACUCCACCCUAUGUGGAUGAUGGAUUCUUCGAGUUGGUUGGCUUUCGAGAUGCAUGGCAUGGACUUGUAUUGUAUACUCCAAAUGGACAUGGGACUCGCCUUGCACAAGCAAACAGAAUCCGUUUCGAGUUUGAAAAGGGUGCUGCUGAUCACGCAUACAUGAGGAUCGACGGGGAACCCUGGAAGCAGCCCCUCCCACAGGAUGAUGACACUGUCAUGAUUGAGAUUUCGCACUUCGGCCAAGUUGGCAUUCUUGCUAACAGUCACUGUCUGUCCAGAAGUAUUACGGCGCCUUAUUCGACAAGCAACUCCAUGCACGAUGCAUACAGUAGUGAGUUUGAGGAGGAAGAGUCCGAAGAGAGAAAGAAGUUAGGUGCGGCCAAUACAUUUAGACUGCCAGAUGACUUUGACAUUGCAAGUCUUGGUUGAAUGCAUAUUAUGCUAAAUCUUAAAUAGGAGAUGACUUAAAAUGUGCCCAGCAGCAGCUACACACUUUCAUGAAGCAUGUGCUGUAGUUGGGCCGACUGACUGCUGGGAUGUACGUACAGCUCUCUCUAUCACUAGUUUUGUGUAUAUUGUACAGAUGCUACCUACCUAAUCUUUUGCGAUUAGAUUUUAUAAAUUGACUUCUCAUCUCA